AUGAUGGUGAUGGUGGUGAUGGUGAUGCUGACAGUGCUGUUCCCUGAUUGGGCCUACAAGCCGGCCUGGUCACCUGGGUCCCGCCAGGUGCAGCUGUGGCACUUCCUGCUGGAGCUGCUGGGGCAGGGGGAGGGCGGGGCGAUUGGGUGGGGGGGGGAGUGGGGUGAGUUUGUGAUCCGUGACCCUGAGAGACUGGCCCGACUGUGGGGGGAAAGGAAGGGGAAACCGCAUAUGAACUACGACAAGCUGAGCAGGGCACUGAGGUACUACUACAACAAGAGAAUCCUGCAUAAGACCAAAGGGAAGAGGUUUACAUACAAGUUCAACUUCAGCAAAAUGAUCCUCAUAAACUACCCAGGAUACCCACCCUACCAUCUGCCCUGCCCUCAGAGUGCAGCUCUGCAGCUGCCUCUCAUCUCCUCUGAGGGCCGGGGGUCUCUGUGCGGGGCGGGGAGGGAGGCGGCUCUGGAAAGAGCUGCACACUCCAUUCCACACCCUCUCCUGCUGCCAUACUCUCUCCCUAAGCCCCUCCCCUCCCCACCCACCUUCGCGCUACAGGGGCAGCUUCCUUACCUCUCUGUCCCGCCUCCUGUGAGGACCAGCCAAUCAUGGCUCACAGACCUGCCGUCUGUCAGCCCCUCUCUGCACUUCACCCCAGCUCUGAAUGGCUGGAGUCUGAGUAACUGCCCCACAGCUGGCGGGGGGCAGGAAGGAGAGCAGAGGAAAGGAGAGGUGGGGGUUGGAGAAGGACAGCAGCUCUCUACCCGGGAGGUGCACUUUAUCAUCUGA